AUGCUCCCGACCUCUAUGCGAGCGGUGAUUGUUGACCAGGGAAAGGGCCCAUCGAGUGCUUUGCGCCUAGGCGAGGUCCCUACGCCUGUGCUACAGGUCGAGAACGAGCCGCCCUCGAUUAUCGUCAAAGUGCGUGCUUUUGGCCUGAAUCGCAUGGAUCUUUAUCAGCGCGAGGGUAAGUACCCCGUUCCCCCGGGUAUUAGUGAGAUUCUCGGCGUGGAGUUCAGCGGUGAAGUAGCGGGAGUGGGCCAGGGCGUGUCGGGCUUUCAGCCAGGGGAUUCGGUGCUCGGCCUUGCACAAGGUGGCGCCUAUGCUGAAUAUAUCAAAGUCCCUGCGUCUAUGACACUUCAAAAGUCGCCCAAGCUGAGUUGGGAGCAAGCUGCGGCCAUUCCUGAGGCGUUCCUGACCGCCUACCAGGCGUUGGAGCUUCUCACUUCGCAAAAGCCUGGCGACAAUGUCCUGAUUCAUGCAGGUGCUUCGGGUGUCGGCUUGGCCGCUAUUCAGCUUGCACGCUUGCGCGGUGCACGUACCAUAUAUGUGACGGCUGGAUCACAAGAGAAAAUUGAUGUGUGCAAGUCACUGGGCGCGACUGAGGGUUUCAACUACAAAGAGUCGGACUGGGCCGCGGAGCUUCACAAGGCGACGAACGGCCAAGGCGUGGAUGUAAUUUUGGACUUUGUCGGCGCGUCGUACUUUGCCAACAACCUGAAAUCCCUGCGGCGCGAUGGACGUAUGUCCGUCCAGGCAUUCCUGGGUGGGUCCACUCUGCCCCAAGGCACCAACCUAGCCCCUCUGUUGGCCAAGCGACUUCGCAUUGAAGGAAGCACAUUGCGUAGUCGUUCCGUGGAGUACCAAACAAAGUUGGUCCAAGGAUUCUUGCAGAGCGGUGGUCUCGAGGCGCUUGAGCGCGGUGCCGAUGGCACGAAGAACGACAAAGCGCUGCAGCUGAUCAUUCACAAGGCAUUUGACUGGCACGAUAUUAAGCAAGCCCAUGACGAAAUGGAGGCAAACAAAAACAUUGGCAAGAUGGUGGUCACAAUUUCCUAA